AUGGCAGAAGUAACCAAGGUUUAUACCUCGGAGGAGAUGCAGAAGAUCGCGCCGAAUUUUAAAUCAGACUUUAAAACUCGCAAGCCAAAUCCGAAGAGUGUUCCGGUGAAAGAUAGAGACAGCACAGUUCCAAGACCGAGGCAUUUAGAAGCAAACAAGCAUCCAACACCACAGAUAAAUGAGCCCAUACUAUCAGAGGCCAUAUAUGGUAUUGAUGUAACCGUAUACCUACGUGAAGUAGGAAGCUACACCGACAAGAUGGGCAAAGAGCAAAUGCACAAUGUCCCACCACUACCUGUCGCAGUAGCGCAACACUUUGGAGGCUACCAUAGUGCAGUGUUAGACAUCGACACGCACAAUUUUUUCGAAGAGAUACCAUCACUUGGUAUCGCCAGAGACGUUCUGAUGGCUGUAGCAAGCCAAGACGCAGAACCACUUCCAAACUUUAGAUUUGGAAUUCCGGACCAUUCAGAGGUGACGACAAACUUAGUCGGAAAACCUCGCGUUAUCGGAGAACGCAGACCUGCAAUACGGCAAAGACUAGCAUUACCCCCGAAUAUCGUUGGAAAAUUCGAGACCUAUAAAGUCGAAAAGAUCACCAACAAAAAUCUCGGCCAAGCAGGCGAAGAAACACAGGUCAUUAAGACCAUACCAUCCGAGCCAAACGAGCAGGAAAGAUGGAUAGCCAGAUCAGGCAACAUAAUCAACAUCAUCAUCCACCAGCUCAACGGCAAACCUUGGAGCAGCAAACUGUUUUGGUUUUCACCUCUAUAA